UGGGAACACGGUGUCACAAAUUUAGCUCAGAAAAUGACAGCCUCUGAAACACAUAUAAGGGAUGAAUAUUUUGUAAAAAUGAGUAGGAGUUUGGACAGAGGUCCAUAUUUUGAUACUUCUGCAACAAAAAAUGUUACAUCAUUAGUUGGAAAAACAGGACAUCUUAAUUGCCGCAUUAAAAAUCUUGGAAAUAAAACGGUAUCGUGGAUACGUCAUAGAGAUCUGCACUUGUUAACAGUAUCUGAAAGCACUUAUACGUCGGAUCAAAGAUUCACUUCCAUUUACAACAAACAAACUGGAGAUUGGUCCUUACAGAUAAAGUUUCCUCAAUUAAGAGAUUCGGGAAUAUACGAAUGCCAAGUAUCAACCACACCACCAGUUGGGUACACCAUGAUAUUUUCAGUUGUAGUAUAGCAAUUAACUGCGAACGACCAAUGGUACGGGAGCUUUUGAAAAAACUAACUUUACACUUUCCGUUCCAUGCGGCACUAACAACGCACAGUGGCGCAUCUAGAAUAAACACCGUUGCAAAAAAAAAAAAAUUUGUUGCAAAAUCGUUUUAAACUUACUAAUUUACUAAACUACUUAUCGGACAGAAAAUUUUAUUUGCUUUCGCAACAUACAAAGAAAAUGGAAUUUAGUUUACUUUCAGGUGAUAUAACAUAAAAAAUAUAUUACCUUAUACAGGAAAAUUGCUACCUGCUAGGUGUCCGGUAUUUUCACCUUUUCCUGGCUAAAGUAGUCUAUAAUUCAAGCAGCAAAAAGCCGCGA